CUCAGCUUUCAUGACUAGUGGCUUUCAACCAGUCUUUACAACUUCAAACUUGUUGAACAAACAUCGUCAUGAUGGUCAUUUUUCUAAACUGACAUGGCAACAUGCUAUUGCUGAACACCUCUCUUCUUUAUUAAAUAACCAAAUAGAUUCUGAAUUACUUUGCAACAGUAUCGAAACACCAAAAUAUGCUAAACAUGGUCAGUUUGCCUUACCUAUUCAACGAAUUCACCAUCUUUUGACAAGUGAACCUUGGAAAUCUCAAAAUACCACUGAAACCGCUAAUUGGAUUGCGAACAAUUUUACACCUAACGAUUAUGUAGAAAAAACAACAGCUAUUGGAUCCUUUGUCAAUUUUGCUGUACCCAAAGCUAAAUAUACGGAAAUAAUCUUACAACAAAUCAUUGAUCAAGCUGGACAGUAUGGGUUUAUGUCAUCAUCAACACCUAAAGCCAUUAACAAGGAAAGCGACUUGACCACAAUGACGAACUCUUCUUUAGUUGUCAUCUCUUGUGAACUACCUUGUGUGCCUCAUUUUUUGGAUCCUACUGAAUUCCGUGGCUUGGUUUUGGCUACUUUCUUACAACGCUCACUUCAAGUACAAUCAACGCCUGUCCAACUUUAUAACACAACGACCAUCUGGAAUGGAGAGUUUGGUUAUUUUGCAUUAGCGUUUACAAAAUACGGUGCCGAUUACACUAUACAAAAAGAUUUACUUGGCUACUUCAACAAAAUCUACGUUCAAAUCAAACAAGAUGCAGUUGCAGACAAAUCUAUUGAUCAACAAGCACAACAAUAUUUAUUACAAUUGGAAAGUGGUCAUGAUGAAACUAUUGAACUCUGGCAGUUAUUACAACAACUUGUACUAAAAGAAUAUGAAACUAUGUUAUGUAAACGGUUGCCUAUUCAGUUUGAUCGUGUUAUUUAUGUUUCUCCUUGGGAAGAUCUUGGUUCAGUAUAUGACCUUUUAAAACAGUGUGAUGGAUUGAUGAUAACCGAAGAUGGUGAAUGGAAAAUGGAUCUUACUUCAAUUGGAUUGGGCUCUCCAGUUUUACGCAACAAGGAUGGAACAAGUACACGAGUGACUAGGGAUAUUGUACAGUAUAUCAAACAGCAAGAAAAUAUAAAGGAUUUACAAGUUAUAGAAUAUCAUAUCGCUGGGCAACAUCUCACUCGACAUUUCCAACAAGUUCACCAUAUUAUUAACAACAUCAUGGGAGAAAAACAAAAACAACAACGAACUCAUGUCUCUUUUGGAAAAGUGAAAUAUGAUGAAUCUUGUACUGGAUUUUGUGUAUCGGAAUGCUUAGACUCACUUCAACAAACAAUGAUGGAAAUUAUGGAGGAAAAUGAAGGAACUGAAAAGUAUGACUCAAUGAUGGCUCAAUUAGGUCAACUCUCGAUUACCACCAGGAACAAAAGAAUGAAUGACAUGGACAACAAUAAAAAUGGUCAUAGUGAAGAUACUAGUCUCUCUGUACAACAAUUGGCUAAACAACAUGCCGAUAAGCUUGGUGUGUGUACUAUGUUUGUGCAUCAACUGACUCAACGACGAAGUAAACCUAUGAUAUUUUCGACUUUAUCUCAUCCUGAAGUAUUUGGUAAUUCGGGAGUGUUUCUCCAAUAUGUACAUUCAAGGUUAUGUGGCAUUGAACGACAACUUUUACAACGUGGCUUGAUUAUGGAAGCAGAUAAUGAUAUUAUGUUGGCACCAACACAGACGACUUUGGGUAUGGGGAAAUUACUUUAUCAGCAACAAGCAUUUGAUGUGGUGGAUAUUCUGACCUUUUUUCCACAUAUCAUUCGACAAGCUCAACUUUCUAUGGAUCCUUCCACAUUGGUGACUUAUCUUUUCAAAAUGGCAAGGGUGGCUAAUCAAGCUCUUUACUGUCUUCGGAUCAAGGAUGUACAAAAAGAUCUGGCUUUAGCAAGAUGGACUCUGUUUUGGGCUGUCAAGCAAACUUUAGCCAAUGGUCUGAUGGUACUUGGUAUUCAACCUGUAUCCCGCAUGUAAUUUAGAUAUUAUUAUUAUUAUUUAUUAUAAUUAUUAGUCAUAUACAAAUAUAUUAUAUAUCAUCAUAUCAUUUUCUUUUUUAAUAAAUCAUACUAAAUUAGAAAACAGUUAUUGAUUCAUCCACGUUCUUCUCAAUUACUUAUUAUUUCAGUUUUACGGAUAGCUAUAGGAUGAUGACAGAUGAAUGACAUAAACGAAUGAUGAUAUAUGAUAAUAGCAAAA